UUUUCUUGUAAUGUAAAUAAAAUAGGUUAAUUAUAUAUUUAAAAUCUUAUAAUAUUAACAAUAAUAGUUAUACGAAUACAAAUAUUUGAUAUGGAGUUAGAUUUUUCAAAAGUAUGUAGAGUUUGUUUGAACGAAGGAAUAAUGAUGUCCAUUUUUAAAGUAAAUGUAUCGAAAAAGAUGAUGGCUUGUUCCUCAGUGCAGGUAUGGCAAAACGAUGGUUUACCAGGACAAAUCUGCAAUAAGUGUUUGGCGAAGUUGCAUAUUUCAUUUCAGUUUAAAAAACAAUGUGAAAAAACAGACGCGAAGCUUCGGCAAUAUUUAUUAGAUCCAUUAAAAACCAAAGAGCAACCUGCACUAGUUCAACCACAGCAAGAACAAAUGCACCAGCCCCAAAUGCAACAACAACAACAAUCUCAAGUGCAACAACCCCCUCAGCAACAUACAAUGACAUUUCAAACUACUCAUCCACAAGCCCCACAAAAUUGUGUCUACAUAGAAUGUGCACCAUUGUUAGACAUUCAAGAACAGAAAUUUGAUGGCCUUAACUCCAUAUCGCAACCUUUAACGCAAUUGAAUUAUAAUGUGCAAUCACAAAACCAUUUACCAAUUACGGGUUAUACAUUACCAGCUCUCGGACAGGUCCAAGUAUAUAAUGGUUCAUAUACGAUGCCGGUUCAGCAACUACCACCAACAAACGAACUACAAAAUCAAGUUGUGGUUCCACCCUUACAGUUACUACCUCAAAUGCAGACAAUCACUCAACAACAACCAGAAGAACCAUGUUUGCACAAUGGCACAAACAAUGUAACAUGUGAUCCCAAAGACAAAAUCAAACGUAAUGUGAAAAUUAAACGCGAGGUGAAAGACAACUCGGUGAAACAGUGUUCGACAUGCAAUAAGGUUUUUCAAACGUCAACCAAAUUGAGUAGGCAUAUGAAAACCCACUCAACUGAUAUGCCUUACAAGUGUAAAGUGUGUAAUAAGGCAUUUUCUCACAGUGGCAAUUUUAAAAUACAUCUAAGGAUGCAUACGGACGAAAGGCCGUUUAGAUGUACUGUGUGUGAUAAGGGUUGUCGUCAGGCUCAAGAUUUAGAGAAGCAUAUGAGGACACAUACCGGCGAACGGCCGCAUCAGUGCACUUUGUGUAGUAAGGCGUUUUCAACAAGUUCUAACUUAAUCGCACACAUAAGGACGCAUACCGGUGAAAAGCCAUAUGUUUGCUGUGUCUGUCAAAAGGCUUUUUGUCAGUCAAAUGAAUUGACGAAGCAUAUGAGGACACAUACGGGUGAAAAGUCUCAUAUAUGUGAUAUAUGCCAUAAAGGAUUUAACGGAUCAAGUACUUUAAUUGUUCAUCGAAGAUCUCAUACCGGGGAGCGACCGUACGUCUGUCAAAUUUGUAGCAAAGGUUUCGCACAGUCGAGCUGCUUGGUAGUUCAUAUGAAACGGCACAAUGGAGAAAAAAACUUUUUGUGUUUAUCAUGUAAUAAAUCAUUCGUAACGAAUGCAGAUCUUAAAGAACAUUCUUUAAUUCAUAGUGGUGAUAAACCAUUUGGGUGUAACUUGUGUGAUAAAAGGUAUUCUAGGGCUAAUGAUCUCAAUAGGCAUACAAAAACUCAUAGCGUUUAGAUGGUGGGUGUCUUAAUAGAUACCCCAUUCAUUUGAUGUAUUGGUAGUGGUUUUGUUGUCUUAUAAUAGAAGGAUUAAUUUGAGUGUUGAUUUUAUUGUUUCUAGUGGAACUGGAAAAUAUCCACAGUUUACCUUGAAGUAAAAGAUUUGAGCGGAUUAUACAUGGUCAUGUACUUGAAUUCAAACUAAGCUUAUAAAAACGCAGACAGGCUGUUUUCAUUCUCAAAUGUCUUGGCUUCCAGUAUGUGAUGAUUAAAUUAAAAAAUGUUCACACUAUAAGUAUCUUCCUGUUCAUUCAUGAUAUUAAAGGACUGGUAGAUGGAUAGUUGUUUGUGAUGACAUGAGAUAUUUGUUUGAAUUUUCAUAGAGUAUAACAAAACCACUACCUACUUAUGACGAUGGAAGACAAAAUGGAAUAAGACUGAGAUCAUUUACACCCUCUCUACUAGUUAUGGUGUAAACAAAGUAGGUAGAACAAUAGAAUAGAGUGAAGAUUCAUCAAUAAAUUACAAUUGAUUAUUU